AGCAGCGCGGUGCCGGUGGGGCCGGCGGCUCCGGGAGCGCUGCGGGGCAGGCGGCGAGGAGCCUCCCCCGCGCCCGCCGGGGCCGCGCCGCUCCGCGCCCGCUCAGCGCCGCGGAACCGCCGCCCGUGACAUCCCCCGACACGCACCGGCCCGGGGGGCGCCGGCCCCGCCGCUCCCCUUCCUCCUCCUCCUCCUGCUCCUCCUCGGCGAGCGGCUCUCCGCAGGGGUGUCCGACCUUCCUCCUCCUCCUCCCGCUGCUGCUCCCGGGCGCGCCGGCGGUGGCUCAGCCGGCGGGGCUCAUGGGCGGGCGGCGGGGCUGCCCCGCACACGCGUGGGCCCCGCAGGGCGUCACAGCAUCCCGGGGAGCAGCGCCGAGCCCCGGCCGCGCCGCCGAGCCCCGGCUCCCUGCGCUGCGGGGGCGAGCGGCGGCGCGGGGCGGGGGGGGGGGGGGGGGGAGGCUCCUUCUCUUUCGCUGGGUGGUUUGGUUUUGGUUGGUUCUGUUUUUUGGGUUUUUUUUUCUCCCCUUCGUCUCUUUUGCUUUUAGCUGCCCGGGGAGGUGAGCGGAGCAGGAUCGGUGCCUCCACCUCCCGGCUGCCGCAGGCUUCCUCUCCCGCAAUACAUUCGCGCACCCGGGGACGGCGCCGGCCGCGGGUCUCAGCCUCGCCGGUGGAGCGGGGGGUUGCGGGGGGGCUCCCGCUCCGCUCGCCGCCGCAGCAUCAGGGAGGCAACGGGGUCAAACUUUGCAGGAACUCGCUCGCAGCCCCUCGGUGCCCCCGGGCGUGCCCGAACGAUGCCGCCCCGGCUGCCCGGGCAGGGUCCGCCGCAUCCCCUUGGCUCCGCCGGCCCCAGCGGCACCGGCUGCGGGUCCGGGGCCCCCCCGCGCCCCCCGCCGCCCUGUCCGCCCUCCUUCGCCCAGUGCCAUCCCUCCCCCUGUAUUUCGCUUUUAAACUGCAGCUGUUGAAGGCUAAACCUCCUUUGCAAAAAAAAAAAAAAGGAGCAUUUCCUCCCACAUGUCCGUGAAUUGUGGAUUAAGAUUUUCCUCUGCUGGCUGAAGAUUUGCAGAUGGUUUUGGGAGCACCACUGCUGGCUGGUCCUGCUGGCCAUCUGAGGAUCUGAACACCAGGUGAGGUGCAUGCAUCCAGCUUUUCAUGGAAUAUGGCUCUCCUUUUUUGGUAAUAACUGGUGGGCAUUGAAUGUUGGGUGAGAGUGUCCUCUGUCGCUUGUUUCUAAAGAGGAAACUUGGGGAACAGAGGGGUAAAAAUUGCUUUGCUGGUGCUGCUUGUGGUGCAGUACAGCAGGACAGACAUGAGUAAAUGUCUUUUAGCUCUUCCCACCCCGCAGUCUCAGUAGGCUGGAUUAGCCCUCGGCAGGUAGGAGAGACUGGAGCUACUGGGUGAUCCUGACAAGUGAAUGUCACAGAAUGAGGGGAGGCAAAUUUGCUCCUUUCCACCCACAGCAGGUGGAAAAAAACACAGUAUAUUGUUGUGUUUUUCUUCCGCACGCGCUUCUCAAAGCACUGGGGAAGUAUUUAUUUUAAACUUCACAGUCUCUGUGAAGGGCACAAUUACAGUCACUAGCCCUGUGACAGAGAGAAACACUAAGAACCUGCUCAAGCUACGAGCAACUUACUACUGUGUAGUACAAGAAAGAAUGAAAUUAGCAUCUUUCGAAUGAAAUAUCCAGCAGCCUCCAGAAGGUGCUGAAAUCCUUUGACAUCUCCAAGACUCUUUCACACUUUUCAAACAAGCUUGUCACAGUUUCUCAGAGCAUCAUGGAUCUGGUGAAACUGCAUAUUCUGCGACUUUAGUUUCACUCAAGCUUCAGCCAGGUCUUGCUUCAACUUGGCUGUCUCUGGUGUUCUGGUCAACUAGGAAAUUGCAUUAUCUCAUUCUAAUUAAAUCAGCUUUUCAUCUUCAGCUGGAGUUUUCGUUGGGUUUUGGUCUUGCCUGUCUCCAUCAGGCUGCUGUGAGUGAUUAAGGCAUUAGCACACCCCACCCCAGAGUGGCUGCAUUAAGCCAUGGGCAGAAGGGUUCCUGUGCCCGAGCGCGUGGUGCUCCCUGAUGGGAUUGCUGGAGAUGCGAGGUCAAGCUGUGGUAAGUAAAAAUUAGGAGUGUCUGGUGAUGCUGUGAGUUGUGUUUCCUUCUGCUGCCCAUUUGAUGCACCCGUCCAUGUCUCACUGUAGCACAGCCAUGCUCCGUUCCUGUGGGGGUUCCCCCCACCAUCAUGGCCUGCACAGUGUCUCCACGUCCUUCCAGCAUGUUUUCUGGGUUUAUUAAAGGACAGGGUCUCCCUGCACUGUCUGAGUAGUGGCAAUAAAAGCCGCCCACCAGAGGCCAUUCUGGCACUGCUGACACACCACUGCGUGUGCAGUAAAUACUGCAGGGUAUUAUAUUUUAUUUUGACCAAGCUUUUCUUUUUGUCCCUAGAAGAAUAUCCCACCCAGGAACACUGGUUUUGCUCGAAGCACUUUGGUUGCAAGUGUUGCUUCUUGGCCAGUUGCUGCCAGUGGCUGAGAUUCACCAAUGCUGCCAGUGAACUGCAGAGAAAGGGGUUGGAGCUGUCACUCUUGCCCCACCCACAUUCCAGCGUGGUUUGCAUGGCCCUGCUGGCCACUGACACUGUGUGUGGCCACAGCUGUGCAGGGCAUUGUGGCCAGCAGCCCCCAGCCCCUGGGCCAGGGAGGGUGGGCAGGAUGGCGAGGAGCACAGCCAGGGCAUGGGUGAAGGGAGCAUGCUGGAUUUGUCCGUCUGGGCACUCUCCCAGGUGCUUGAUGACCCCCGUGGAUCAUGUGUCAGGCCUGGAAUAGCCCCACCAGAGCAGGGAGCCUGUCUACAGGUUUAGCAGGGAUAUUUAUAAACCCCUGGGUUUGUGGCUGUUUUGCGAGCAGCGCAGCAGGAUGGGGCUUGUUGUGGCCCCAGCAGGGUCAGGGACGUUUCCUUCCCAAGCUCAUUUUCUUUGGCUGGGACAGGCAGUGACAGCCCACCUGGCUGCAGGAGAGACCAAACAGCUUUCCUUUCCCACUCUACUUUUGACAGGGGUUUGCUGGCACUGGGGCCAUCACGCACUGCCCUUCCUUCCCUGUGCCCUUCCCACCAGGGACUCGUGCUGGGCCGUGAGGUUGGAGUCUCACAGGGCGGCUCGGGCAGAGAAGCUCCCUCAUAUCAGUGUCAGCAGAAGAGACAGGCACCAGAUUAAAUUCACUCUCAAAGCUUUCAAGGUAUUUUUUAACCCAUGACAGCUCCCAAGGAACAUGCUUGGUUGUAGCUCAGCAUCCCCAGCACCAGACUGGGCAGGAGUCUCCCUAUUUCUGCAGCCUCCUGGCUGCCAGCACCUUUAACCCUCUGCCCACUGAUGUUUGCAAAGAGCCCCACGCUGCAGCAGCCCUGCAAGGAGCAGGAGAAUCUGGGAGGCCAUCCAGGGAGGUGAUGGCUACAGGCAAGUGAAAGCAGUGAUGAUGACAUUUAUCUCCUCGGCUGGUGUCAGGUAGACUGAGAUUUUCCACAUGCCUGGGAGCUGGGCAGUGGGAUGAGGGCAGGCAGAUAGGGACAGGGUGCUGACUGCCCCGAUAGUGUGAGAAUGCGGCUGCACAGCCGGUGAUCGGACGGGAGCUGGGGGGUGUUGGUGUUGUGGCACCUUCUGUGCAAGCUCCAGGGCUGCCACAGCCCCAUGUGGUACCUGAGCUGAGCAGGGUUGUGUUUUAUGGGCUGGGUGUGGGUGCCUGAGGAGGGGAUGAGUUCUUCCUCCAGCUGGGAUCAUAGAAUCACAGAAGGGUUUGGGCUAAGCUCUCCAUAGCAGAGGGGCUCCAACCCUCAGAGCAUUUCCAUGGCCUUUCAUGGACUCAUUCCAACAGGUCUAUGUCUUUCCUAUGCUGGAGACCCCAGAGCUGGACACAGUGCUCCAGGUAAGGUCUCACCAGGGCAGAGUAGAGGGGCAGCAUCACCUCCCUUGACUAGGGGUAGGUUGCUGGAGGGUAUGAUUGAGAAAUAAAUUGAUGUAUGUUAUUUUCCUUUGAGGGAGGAAAAUAUGAACAAAACCCAGAAGUGAGGGCUCCUCAGGACCUCAAGCACUUUCUUGUCCAAACAUUGCUGUUGCCUCUGGCCAGUCGGUUAGUCAGAUGGGCACAGCCUGGGUGCACAAUUCACUGAGAGGAUUUUGAGAACUGUGGGUAAAAAGUGUGAAGAAAAUGCAAAAUUUUUUUUAUUAUUUUCAGAUGCCAAGAACCACCUUUCCUUUAACAGUUAAGCUCUCAAGUGCAUUUUGGACUAGACUUUGAGAUGCCUGAGUGUCCAGUUCCCAGGAUUACCUGUACAAACACUGACCUCUGUAACUGGACUUUUGUGUAGUCAAAUGUAGCAGGCACCACGAGACUGGCUGUUCUACUCCUCAAUGUAAUAUUCAUAUUCUCCAAUUGUCUAUCCACAGGGGACUUCCAGCCUAUUUGCAUAGGAAUAAUCCCGUUCAAGGAGCAUGUGAGUGGUGUGGAGCUGCGACAGCCCAUUGCCCAGGGAAGGUAACUGGGUUGAUGCCAGGGUGGUCCUGGCUCAAGUGGUUGCUGCCAUGGGCUGUCAUCCUUUGGAUGGCUUCUCCCAGCUUAGAUCCGUGCAACUGCAGUUCAGGGGCUGUAGAAAGAUCAUUCAGAUCUGUAAAUUGGAGCUGCAAGCACCGAUGGGAUGUUCCCAGGGGCUGAUCAGUGCUGGGACCGGCAGGUGGGAGAUCACAGAAUCACAGAACAUUCUGAGUUGGAAGGCACCCACGAGGACCAUCCCUUGAUGUCUCAGAGGGGUUCUCCCCAGCUGAGGUGGGGAGCAGGGAGUCAGGAGGCUGACAGCAGCCAUGCAGUGUGAUGGAGCACAAUGUGCCGUGGCAGGAGGGACAGCAGGUAUUCCCUGUCCUCUGCUGGAGGACUCCCCAGGGCCUGGCAUGAGCUUUCCUCCUCCCUGUCCCGCGCUGCCCGUGCUGCUGGGGCUGGUACCUGUGCUGCUGAUCACACCUGCAGCUGAGGGACACGGGCACUGCCUGUCACCUGCUCUGGGCACAGGCUGCGCGGUGCUGGGUGACACGGCAGGGACACGUGCGGUAACGAGGCCACGCGCAGCGCCGGGGGCAGGAGGAUGGGAAUUCAUUAGCGGCGCUGUGUCUCCUGUAAUCAGGAGGCAGGUGAUGCUUCUCCUUCGUCCGGGAACAGGGUUGCGUUAAAGAGAGACUGCAAUGCCAUCAUCCCAGCCACGGUCCAGGGCAAGGGACAGGAACAAUGUCCUCAACAGGGCUGAGUUCCUCUCCCUGAAUCAGCCCUUGAAGGGGAACCAGGAGAGCAGGAGCUCGGGAAGAAAGCAGAGCGGCCAGGCCGGGGCAGCCGGUGCCCAGAACACCAACCCCAAGGAGCGGAGGCAGUCGCAGCAGCUUCCCGAGGAGGAUUGCAUGCAGCUCAACCCCUCCUUCAAGGGAAUCGCCUUCAACUCGCUGCUGGCCAUCGAUAUCUGCAUGUCCAAGAGGCUGGGAGUGUGUGCCAACAGAGCCUCCUCCUGGGGUGGUGCCCGCUCCAUGAUCAACCUUCUGGGGAUAACGGGGCACGGGAUCCCCUGGAUUGCGGGUACACUCAUCUGCCUGGUGAAGAGCAGCACGCUGGCGGGCCAGGAGGUCCUCAUGAACCUGCUGCUAGCCCUGCUGCUGGACAUCAUGAUUGUGGCUGGUUUGCAGAAGCUGGCCAAGCGGAAGGGCCCGUACGACAUCAACCCUGGCUUGUUGGACUACCUGACCAUGGACACCUACGCCUUCCCAGCCGGGCACGCCAGCAGAGUGGCCAUGCUCUCCAAGUUCUUCCUCAACCACCUGGUCUUGGCCAUCCCCCUCCGCAUCCUGCUGGUCCUCUGGGCCCUCUGUGUGGGGUUUUCCCGUGUCAUGAUCGGACGGCACCACAUCACAGAUGUCCUCUCCGGCUUUGUUUUUGGCUACUUGCAGUUCAGGCUGGUGGAGUUGAUAUGGAUGUCUUCCAACACGUGUCAGAUGUUGAUAUCCAUCUGGUGAACAUGGGGGACUUGAUGCCUUUCCACUGGAAACUAGCAGAUACUUUGACAGUCUCCCUCCCAGUAUUUUCUACAUGUUGUUUGUUGGAAGUAGUUGUAACUUCCAUGAGUAGUGAUGUUUUUUAAUGUUGCUUCCCCACCUUAAAAAAAAAAAAGUUUCUUGCAAUGGAUUGGGUUUUAGCAAUCGAGGGCCAUACCUGUGUUUUGGCCAUUUUCUCAAGCUGUGUUUGGACAGCAAGCUAAUUAAGCUUUGCGGGUGAGAGAAAUGAGCUCCAUGUCUGCCUACUUUAGGUGGUUCACACUGGCACCUUGGUAUGUCCUCAGGAUGGGCAGUGCCUGAGAGCUUCCUGAGAACACAUUCAUUAACUUUUUUUGAGGCUAAAUGAUUUUGGCCACUGUGCUUUUUUCUUUUUGUGAGCCCAGCAGUUGUGUCUUCUACAGAGUCAGGACAGGCAAUGCUGGCCCUUUACAAAUAAUAAAUAAUCAUAAAAAUCC